GACCCUGUCCUUCCGGAAGCUGUCCCGACCGUCCUGUAGUCAAUGUCCAACACUCAGCCUGAUACUUUACUGUCAUCCUGACAUCCGGACGUUUCUGAGCAGUGGACACGAUGUCUUCUCAUCUUUCUGUCGUCCAUCGUCGCCGUCGUCGUGGUGGCGCUGACGAUGACUGUUGCACCCACCUCGUGCGAGUAUCAGCUGACGAUCCUGCACACCAACGACGUGCACGCGAGAUUUGACGAGACCAGCGUGUACAGCAGCAGCCCCUGCCCACCUGCCGACGUGGCAGCCAACAAGUGCUAUGGCGGGUUCGCUCGACUGGUGACAGCAUCGCGGGAGGUGAGACAGACUUACAACAACACCCUUUUUCUGGACGCGGGGGACCAGUUCCAGGGGACCAUAUGGUUCUACUACUUCGGCCAAGUCGUCACCCCUGCCUUCGUCAACCAUCUCCAGUACGACGCUAUGGCCAUUGGCAACCAUGAGUUUGACAAAGGGGUCAGCUACCUCGUUCCUUACCUACGGAAUGUCACCGCCACCGUCGUCAACGCCAACAUCAACGCCACCCUAGAGCCAGAGAUGAAGCCGCUGUUUCAGAAGUCGGUCGUCAAGACGGUUGGCGGCCAGAGGAUAGGAAUCAUCGGGUACACGACGCAGGAGACACCCGACUUGUCGAGUGCAGGACAGAACUUAAAGUUCGGGGACGUGGUGGAAGCUGUGAGGAAGGAAGUUGAAGUUCUCACCAGUCAAGGCAUCAACAAAAUUAUCGCACUGGGGCAUGCUGGGUACAGUGUGGACAAGAUCAUAGCUACCAUCCCUGGUGUGGACGUGGUGGUGGGUGGACACAGCCACACAUUCCUGUACAACGCCUCAAACGUGAAUGACAGGCCGUCCACCGAGGUAGCACUGGGAGACUACCCAACAGUGGUUGAGAAGAAUGGCAGCAGAGCGUUGGUGGUGCAAGCCUACGCCUACAGCAAAUACCUGGGUAUUCUCCACGUCACCUUUGACGACAACGGCAAUGUCAUCGACUACAAUGGCAAGCCGAGACUGCUCAACGCUUCCGUAGAAAACGAUAAUGCAACACUAGAGAUGCUAAGCCAUGGAGGGAGGAGGUCGCGAAGAGGUCGCAAGCAGUGAUUGGCAGAACACUUGUCAACCUGGAGGGCAGCUCUACAAUCUGCAGAAAACAAGAGUGUAACCUGGGCAACCUCAUCACUGACGGCAUGGUUUACGGCAACCGCAAAUCGUCAGACCAAGACCCGGAUGAGUGGACUGAUGUGACCAUCGCUAUCACGAACGGAGGCUCGAUCAGAGACACCAUCGUAAGGG